AUGGGCAAGCCAGCAGACUUUGCGAACAUACUCAAUGGAGUGAUGUGGGCUCAGGUGGUUCUUGGUACUUUUCUUGUUGCAUUGCGAAUGUACACGAGACAGUACAUUGUCAGAAACGUCGGAUGGGACGACGUGUUGAUGUUGGUCAAUCUGGCUACCUUUAUUGGCUAUGUCGGCUGUAUAUCGGUCGGUAUUACCUACGGUGUUGGUAAACAGACAGCGGAUAUCGUUCGUCUUGACCUCAACUACUCCAAGUCUAUCAUGUGGGAAGCCAUCGGCCAAGGCAUAUGCAUCAUGGGCAUAGCUGCUUCCAAAGGCUCAGUAGCGCUCUUCCUCUUGCGCAUCGUUCUCAAGAGAUGGCAUAUCGCUAUCCUCUGGUUCUGUAUAGUCAGCACAACAGUGCUUUGCAUCAUUACGACAACCCUGUUAUACACACAGUGUGUACCUUCGGCAUUCUUGUGGGACCAAACAAUCAAGGGUGGCUACUGCUGGCUCAACUUCACCGAGGUCGGCCUGACCAUGGGUGCUUGGUCUGCAAGCAUGGACUUUGUUCUUGCUCUCCUUCCCUGGCAUAUCAUCAUGGGACUAAAUAUGAAGCGUAAAGACAAGAUCGCAAUCGCAUCUGGUCUUUCACUCGGCAUCUUCGCGGGCGCGUGCUCCGUUGUCCGGACUAUCGAACUACAAUCUCUGUCGUCCAUGGAGAACUACGUAUACGACACCGCUAGCAUGCUUUUAUGGUCCUCUACCGAAGUAUUUCUCACAAUUGUUUGCGCCUGUGUACCAGUCCUCCGUCCGCUUUACGUCCGCAUCAGAUACGGUACCCGUGGCGACUCUUCAGGCCAAAACUCAUAUCCACUCAAAGACUACUCCAAGUCUAAGAGUAGUCGCGGUAUGGAUGGAAGCAGAAGGUCAGAGAAGAUAUACAUGGGCCCUGGAGAGAGCGUGUUACAGACAACUGUUCGCAUGGGCAGUGAUACAGCGAGCGAGGAAACGAUACUUCGGGAGAGUCACGCCAACAACGCAUGGAACAAUGAGCCAAGGACAAAAGAUCCCAACGAUAUCACGAUCACUACUACGGUCAGUACGAGGGACGAUUAUGUAUAA